GGCUGUAGUGUGCAAUCAGUUUACACUAUAACGAGGUAUCAAAUUUCAUGUUUAACUUCUUUUUUAUUCUUUUCUUCUAAUUUUCAUUUGUUUGCUCAAGACUACAUUAGCUCGUUUCUGAAACCCAUCUAUUGCAAAGAUUCUGCAGGGGAUUGACAAGAAAUUUCGCCACCCGUUCAUAUUCAUCUCUUCACACUUUUCAUAUGACCGUAUAAAACCAAUUUGAACCAGGCGGAGUGUUUCAGCUAAAUUAUUUAUCAAGGUUGAGCUAUCUGAAUGAUCAUGGACACGAGGUGUAAAGACAAACCUGAACGGAUGUUUGUAUCGACAUGUGAAAUCCAACUCAAAAUGCCAGCUAAUCAAGCAACUCUAGGCCGACUGGAAGCCGUGUUGGCUCGUUUGGAAGUCGUAGCGGCUAAACUGGGCGUCGAGGGAUCUUUCAAGAAGGGUAGCUCCCAAAGCGCGUCAGAUAUCAAGGCCUUGGUCGAGCGCCUAGAAGCUGCCGCGGACAAACUCGAACAACAAUCUGCUUCAGGCGGUGAAGGAUCAGGGAAGAUCGUUGAAUACUAUGACGAGUUUCUGAAAGGAAAGCUCCAAUCCUUUUUCAAGUUAUCGGAUGAAUUGGGAGGCGAUGUGAAAACCCAGGCUGAUUUGGUAAAGAAAGCCUUUCAAGCACUGAGAGUAUUUCUCGUGAAAGCUUCAAAUACAAAAUUACCGUCUAAAAAUGAGCUAGUAUCAAUGAUACAACCCAUUGCUCAGCUGAGAGAAGAAAUAGAGGCUUUCCGUGACCAUAACCGUGCAAGCAAACAGUUUAAUCAUUUGUCCGCAGUCAGUGAAGGCAUGGAGGCACUUUUAUGGGUCGGGGCGCCCGGGAAACCUGACAUCUUCGUGAGGGACAGGAAAGAUGGCUCUGUUUUCUACACGAAUCGGGUUCUCAAGGACUUCAAAGGGGAUACACAGCACAGUGAAUGGGCUCACACCUUCAUCGGAGCUUUGAUUGAAUUACAACAGUAUUGCAAAGAGUUUCACCCAAUGGGAGUCUCGUGGGCAUCAUAAUCAUCAAAAUUAUCAUAAUUUUAUCAUAAUUAUCUAGGAUGUGAGCAGUUUCACUGUAUACUAUCACAAGUCAUGCAGUAUUAUCUUGGCGAGGUAGUGGGGAAGAGGAAGGUCAAAACUACAGCUAACCUGUUAAACUGGUUUUGUGGAGUAAAAAUAUUUGCACUCACUUUGUAGGUUAUUUCAGCACCGAGUACAGUUGAAUAAUAAAAUGGUAGUGGACAACAAAACGGUAAACGUUAUAGGGGUAGCAUAAAACUUCGUUAGUUUAACAGUAUUUUAGGUUUCGCUGGUUUUUUUUUUUUUCGUAAAAAUAAGUAUUAAGUCGAAUCAUUUUUUUUUUUAACAAUAUAGACUACGAGUAGUCUUUCUUUCGCUUAGUCCGUAGAGCGAGACCGUAAAAAGACCGCAAGGAAAAAAAUGACCGCGCGUAAUCUAUUAACAAUAAGGAACCGUUUCUGUAAUGGAUGAAAAUCUUUUUUUCCAAUAAAGGAACUCAAUAUAAGAGGAGCUCAUGAAA